UGUGUGUGUGUGUGUGUGUGUGUGUGUGUGUGUGUGUGUGUAAGUGCAAGCCUGGGUAAACACAAAAAGAUGAGAACCUCUUUUCUUGGUGCUCUCCUCUGUUUGGGGACUUGGAUAUCUGUUGAACAGAAAUCUCCAGUCCAGUUGCCUGUCUGUCCUGAGCCUCUGGACAGAGGGAUGGAUCGGCGUGGGCACCCUCAUGACUGCAGCAGAUGCCAGCACCUACCUCUCUUUAGUGGCCAGUAGCUGGUACUAGAUCUCUUAGACUCUAAGACUUAGCAACCUGGGCAAGGAAGAGAACCCCGACUUCAUCUCCUCUGCUGAGCACACCAACCCCGUGCAUCCCCACAUCCCCUUGCCUACUCUGCAAAAGGCAAAAAAGGUCAGAAAAUGAAAGCACAACUUUGUGCUGGCUUCAGCUCCUAGGCUGUGAUACCACUAAAGUGGUACAUGGUAAUAACUUAGCGAUAAUAACUUAGCGAGAGUUUGGCAUGCAGCUAAGCAUGGGUAAAGUGACUAUCUGUAACGCAUCUUUUCCAAGCGAAGACAAGGGCUCCCUAGAGGGAAUUGUGCCCUUGCUCUGCUCUGUUUCAGCACCUCCGUUCCCUGGGGCACCUGGGCCCUGGCUGCGCAGACCCCUUUUCAGUCUGGAGCUAUCAGAUGCUGAGGAUGCGUUCCCGCGCCGCGCAGGGCCACUGGAGGUGCCGGCGGACAGCCAUGUGUUUGUGCAGGCGGCCCUGGCCCGUCCUUCGCCAAGAUGGGGCCUAGCCCUGCACCGCUGCUCAGUAACGCCUUCUUCACGCCCGGCCCUGGGACCUGCCCUGGUGCUUCUCCGUGGGGGUUGCCCCGCCGACGACUCUGUCAGCUUCUCACCACCUCCACGCCCGGAUGCUGCUAGCGUCGCACGCUUCAGCUUCCGCCUGCGCCCGGUAUUCAAUGCCUCAGUACAGUUCUUGCACUGCCAGAUAAGCCGUUGCCGCCGUCGCCGCAGUCACCACCGCCGAGCUGUCCGCCAGACACCAGUGCCUUUGACCCCACCAGCACCGUUGCGGUGUCUGCCUCAGGAUGAGGCAUGUGCCGGCAGCAGCUUGAGCCUUGGUACUGACAGCCCCCACCUGCACAUGUUGACACAGCCCAUCGUGGUUACAGUACCUCGUCCGCCCCCUAGGCCAUCCAAGGGUCUCCCAGGCAGAGCGGUACGCCCAGAGCCGCCUGCUCCAGCUGCUGCAGCACUGGAGCCUGCACCAGUGGUGGCUUUGGUGUUGGCGGCAUUCGUGCUGGGUGCUGCGCUGGCCGCUGGGCUUGGUCUCGUCUGCGCACACUCAGCACCCCCACCUCCAGGCCAGCCUCGUAGAGCUUCGCUCAGCGGCCCCCAGCUCCAGAGGCCCCAGUAGUCAGGUAAGUACUGGGUGUGAAGAUCCGAAGCAAGAGCUAGAAGAGGGACAUGGUGGUUUGGAUCGUUCAUAGGGUUUAUUUGUGGGACUCCGAGUACUUUGUACAUCCAUUCUUUUGAACAACAUUCAGAUGGAUACUUUUAAAAUGUCCAUUAGAGAUAAGGAAAAUAUUUUUAGAGGUUAAGUAACUUGUCAAGGUGAAGCUGGAAAUUGGAUUUGGGAGGUGGGGUCACCAGCAGUGAGGAAAGGGGUCCUUAAGACUUAAACAGAUAAGUAAGAGGGAUGUACACAGCUCCUAGACUCACACACACCAGUAUGUAGAUUGGUGGAGGAAGUCAAAGCUUAUCGGGAAAAUGUGACCUGAAUAGUGAUUUCCCAUUCUGAGUCUCUCUCACCCCCUCUCUAGAGAUGGCAUGCCCCAGUGAGGUUCUGAGAUUCAUCCA